GAUCCAGUCUUGAUGCCGACUUGCUUGGCAAGUCUGUUUUGGCAUGCUGCACUGGGCACCACAGCUGGUCCCGCUCUUCUUCACAACAACUUUGCUGCCUUCGGUGAUGAGCUUCACAAUGGCUUACAACAUCGGCAGGUCCAAUAAACAAAACAACAAGAAUGUGUCGUUACUGCUGGACAGCCUCUUGCAAGGUUACAACCACCAUGUUAGACCUGGAAGAGUCGACACGCCAACGGACGUGUAUAUUGAUAUCGAAGUGCGAAGCAUGGGACCAGUGUCUGAAGUUGAUAUGACGUACUCGAUGGAUUGUUAUUUUCGGCAAAGUUGGAUGGACCGCCGACUGGCUUUUCGCGGGUCCAUGCCGUCUAUGACCCUGUCCAUAUCCAUGCUGCAGAAAAUAUGGCGACCAGAUACGUCGUUCUUGAAUGGCAAGCACUCCUACCUGCACACCAUCACUCAGCCCAACAAAUUUGUCCGACUAGCCCAGGACGGCACUGUGCUAUACUCAUCAAGGCUGACUGUGAGUGCGAGCUGUCCUAUGAACUUGGAGAAAUUUCCCAUGGACACUCAACGUUGCCCUCUUCGCAUCGGAAGCUCUGGGUAUCCUGCAAAAGAGGUGAUGUUUCGCUGGAAUCCGAAGCGUCGUGUGGUGAUUGCGUCGGAUAUGAAACUGAACCAAUUCGACCUCGUCCGAACUCCAACUGAUAAUCAAAGCGACUUUUCCAGGAAAGAAGGACCGUUCGCCAUGCUCUUGGUGAGCUUCCAGCUGAAGCGUCACAUGGGUUACUUCCUGAUCGAGGUGUACGCACCCUGUACCUUGCUGGUGGUGCUCUCCUGGGUGUCCUUCUGGAUCAACCGAGAGGCCACAGCCGAUAGGAUUGCUCUUGGUGUGACCACUAUACUCACGAUGACGUUCCUCGCACUGGAAAGCCGGAACGAUUUGCCAAAAGUUCCUUACUGCACUGCCCUGGACUACUAUGUGGCCAUUGGCUUUGGUUUUGUCUUCGCCACCAUUGUCGAAUUCGCUAUCGUCCAUUAUUUCACCAAGGUUGGAAGCGGGGAGUUUUAUUACUGCCCGGAGAUGGAAGCCGAGCGACUGAGAGCAUCAUCGGAAGAAAGCUGUGGCGAAGAGAGCGGUAGCGACGAGCAGCAGCCCUUAGAAUCGGUGACCUACCGGGAGGCUGGAGACCACUGCCAGAGGUUGCACUCUAAGAAGAUGAUCUCGUUACCUAGCAACGCUAUCUAUUGCACCGACGCCGAGCGAUCGGAAGCCACCGUGGCCUUCAUCGGAUCGCCCGGCUCUACGCCUCCCGGAGAGGACGCAGUGGCGGCAGGUUCGGUCAACGGCCAUCUGGAAGCCCCCGCAGAUCAGUCGGCGUGUCCCGCGCGGCACGGGACUGUGAGGCACGGCUUGAGACAAGGCAGCAGGAGAAGCGUGAGGCGGCGGGACUAUCGUCGUCAGAAGAGGCCCUCGCUGAUGGCGCGGCGCCGAAUGUCCAGCCAGAUCCAGGAACUUUGGAUCAACAGCGUCAGCAAGGUCGACAGGGUCUCCAGGGUGGUCUUCCCGCUCGCGUUCAUUGUGGUCAACACGGUGUACUGGCUCACCUAUUUCCGGGAAGACGACGACAGCUGAUGGCGUCGUGUACGCGUGCGCGUUGCCAUGACCGGGCUUACACACUCGCACAGGUCGGACAGUGGGCGUCAACUAGCGUGUCCACUGAUGCGCCUGAUCAUCGUGUACACUUUCUGCGCAUUCUAGCUAGUUGUUUAUCAGAAGGUAAGACGAUAAUUCGUGCGAAGUGUUACGCAGAGUAAGGUUAUCCUUCAUUUUCGCGGGGUCAUAACACGGCUGUUUGAAAGCAUUAGCAUGCCGGGAAGAAAGGAUUGACACUUUAAAAAUAAGCAUAUGCACAUCAAAAGCGCUAAAGGACACCCAAGAUCACCGAAGACACUGUUGCGAAGUUACAGACAAAAUCAGAUCAUAUUACUGGCUUGCAAAAGUCCUCGCAGCGUGCCUAAGGGAUAGCGUAUGGAGAUUGCCCGUGCCAUACUGUUGGUACCGAGAGUCAUCUGAUGUGGUGGCCGAUCGCGAACAUUCAUUAGCUCAUAUUAGGUAAGCCAUAGAUGCAUCUCAUGAGAGCUGUGCUUUGUACGAAAUGAGAGUAUUUACUAUAGACUGCCCGGUUAUAACGAGAUUUGUGCCGGUUAGGUAUUUUAACGACCUCAGAGUGUCACCUUUGAUGUUGCAAAAACAGUAUUCCGCAAAAACAUGACGUAGUUUGGUCCAAGCGUGCAACGAUACAAUAAGUAAUAGAGGUUAUAAACAGCACGUUCCUCUCUUCAGCAAUUCUAAUUUCUGUUUGCCUCCUCGAAACGCCUCAUUGUACACUGAGUCCCAACACCCGAAAGCGAACCCACAAUCUGGGGUCAUAUUUCGUCACAAUAGUUUCCAUAAUACCUUCAUCUACGCCAUUCGUUAUCGCAGCUGGCGAUAAGCCACGCCUUUGUUAUUGCCGAUUUCAGCCAUUCGGCUGG